AUGAAGGCCUUCAUCAUUGCUAUGCUCUGCCUCGUGUCGGCGUUUAUGGCGCUUGCUAAAACCUCAUGUGGGCUCAAGUCUGAUGGACAGUGGAAGAGCUGCGAAUCCGCGUGCACCGUCGAUGAUCUGGGCGUCCCUAAGUGUGCCGGUGGCGCCGAGACCGGCGAUAUUGGCUCGCUCUGCGUAGUGCUCGAUGCUCAAGUCUCGGCCUCGCCAAUCCGUAGUUGCGGCAUGGGAUGCGGGCCUCUCGCUGGGUCUGAGGACAACGGCUGCCUCUAG